UCCUAAAUCUUUAUCUUUUCUAGUUGGAUCUUUGUUAUUGUUUUGGUCUUUUGGGGUCUGUUUGUCAUGCAAGAAUUUGUGGACCCUUAAGCUCUGGGUAAAGUGUUGUGGUUCAGUGCUUUGUCUUCCUGCAAUCUGAUUUAGGGUUAGGGUUAGAUCUGCUCCCUCAGAUUCCUUUUUUUGCUGGUUUUAAAUAUCUUCCGUUGAACUUAGGGUUUUCGUCCUCAUCCUUAAUCAUAUGGUUAACCAAGUGAGCUGCAUAUUUAAAAGAUUUUCUGGAGUUUUUAUACUGCAUUUAGUUCCAGGAGAAUUUCAGACAUCUGGAUCAAUAACAUGUGCUACUAUGAUGAGGAACAUCUCAUUUCAUAGAUAAAGUAAAUAAGUACUUGAAGGACUGGAUGCAUGAGUUUUCAGUGCCAUCUCCUGACAUGCUUAUUUGAUGCUUUCCAGCCAUUUUUGAAGAUACUGGAUCUUUUCAUUGCCUUCAACGGAGUUUUAUUUAUCUGAGCUGUAAUAUGCAGCAGAAAUUCAAAGUAUCUAAAUAGUUUACAUUUCUUGCUCCAUAACCACUCUUCACAGUAACACCACCAAGUGCAGAUAUAUUUAGUAUUGCCUUUGUAAGAGGUUACUAAUGGGGACAGAACUCAUGAGAACAUGUAUUCAAGAAGAUAAUGAUGAGUUUCCACCAAUUCCACCAGGUUUUGAGUCAUAUACAUCGCCCUCACUGGAUAAGGGGGAAGGCAUUGAGAAACAGAAGGAUAAAAACAUGAUUGGUUUUUCAGUCUCUACAAGUGUUCCUAAUUGUAAAUUACAGUCACUUCAGGCUAAAACUGAUGUUCAAGUCAGUGAUACUGCAAAGGUUACUAGGUCCCUUCGUCGAAGACAAUGGAUCAACCAUGGACAGUAUGAUAACAGUUCAGAGGAAGACUCUGAUUCUGAGCGGCUUGAUCAAAAUUUUUCCCCAGUACCAUGUCUGCCAAAGGGAGUUAUCCGUGGAUGCCCAGAUUGCAGUAAUUGCCAAAAGGUCAUUGCCAGAUGGAGACCAGAAGAUGCUUGUAGGCCCACCCUUGAGGAUGCUCCUGUUUUUAACCCAACUGAAGAGGAGUUUCAAGAUACCAUGAAAUAUAUAGCAAGUAUUUGUUCCAGAGCAGAACCAUAUGGCAUUUGUCGCAUUGUUCCCCCUUCAUCUUGGAAGCCCCCCUGUCCUCUUAAGGGGAAGACUAUAUGGGAGGGUUCUAAAUUUGCUACUCGUGUUCAGAGGAUUGAUAAGCUUCAGAAUCGUGGUUCAAUGAGAAAAAUGUCAAGGAUUCAUUUUAAUACUAGACGGAAAAGGAAAAGAUGCCCUAGAAUGGGAUUGGAUAAUGGCAGUAAUAGAGGACCGAAUGCAGGAUUUUGUGAGAUUGAAAGGCCCUUUGGAUUUGAACCUGGUCCAGAAUUUACUUUGGAAACAUUUCAGAGAUAUGCAGAUGAAUUUAAGGCCAGAUACUUCAGAAAGAAUGAGAGUAUAUCUAAUAUGGGAGGUAACACAACAAUGUCAAAAGGAUGGGAGCCUUCUGUGGAGAACAUAGAGGGUGAAUAUUGGCGAAUGGUGGAGAGACCUACUGAAGAAAUUGAGGUGCUUUAUGGAGCUGACCUGGAAACUGGGGUUUUUGGGAGUGGUUUUCCCAGAAAGCUUGGUGAAAUUGGUUCUGAUUCAGGCAAAGAAUACAUAAAGUGUGGCUGGAAUUUAAAUAACUUUGCUAGGCUUCCUGGAUCUCUACUUUCAUAUGAAAGCAGCGAUAUAUCUGGCGUCCUUGUGCCCUGGCUGUACAUAGGAAUGUGCUUUUCUUCCUUUUGUUGGCAUGUGGAGGAUCACCAUUUAUAUUCAUUGAAUUACAUGCAUUGGGGUGCUCCAAAAAUGUGGUAUGGUGUCCCUGGCAAAGAUGCCUGCAAAUUGGAAGAUGCAAUGAGAAAGCGUUUACCGGACCUUUUUAAGGAACAACCUGAUUUGCUUCAUAAGCUGGUCACUCAACUUUCUCCUUCUAUCCUUAAGUCUGAAGGAGUUCCUGUCUAUAGGUGUGUCCAGAACCCUGGAGAGUUUGUUCUGACAUUCCCUCGAGCCUAUCAUUCUGGAUUCAAUUGUGGCUUCAACUGUGCAGAAGCUGUUAAUGUAGCUCCAGUUGACUGGCUGCCCCAUGGGCAGAUUGCCAUUGAGCUAUACCGAGAACAAGGACGCAAGACUUCUAUAUCUCAUGAUAAACUGUUGCUUGGGGCUGCUAGGGAAGCAGUACGAGCACUGUGGGAGCUUAAUCUGCUGAAGAAGAAUACUUCAGAUAAUCUAGGAUGGAAAAAUGUCUGUGGAAAAGAUGGUCUUCUGGCAAAAGCACUCAAGACACGCGUUGAGAUGGAACAAGUAAGGAGGAAAUUUCUCUGCAGUUCUUCACAGGCAUUGAAAAUGGAGAGCAGUUUUGAUGCCACAAGUGAAAGGGAAUGCAGUGUUUGCUAUUUUGAUUUACACUUAUCUGCUGCUGGUUGCCAUUGUUCCCCAGACCAAUAUUCUUGCCUGGAUCAUGCAAAGCAGUUCUGUUCAUGUGCUUUGGAUUCCAAAUUCUUCCUCUUCCGUUAUGAUAUUAAUGAAUUAUUUAUCCUUGUUGAGGCAUUGGAAGGAAAGUUAAGUGCAGUAUACAGAUGGGCAAAAUUAGAUCUUGGGCUGGCACUGACUUCUUGUAUGUCAAAAGACAAAAGCCACUGUAGCAACUUAAUUCAGCCUUCCAAGGAAAUAAUGCUUCGCAAAUUGAGGUUAGAUUCUUCAGAUCUGUCUGGUUCUUCUUGUGGCACUAUGCUUAAAGAGAUGGUAUUGGAUCCAUCAGUUAUUUCUAUUGAAGACUCUCAUUUGAUAGAUGUCCCAAUAGAGAAUCUGAUGACUUCCACAAAAAGCAUUGAUCAGGGUUUUAUAAAACCAAGAAAAUCAGCAGAAGAUGUGAUUCCCUCAGGUCAUUCAAAAGAACUGUCUACAUCUAAUGGCUGGACAACCUCAUGUGAGCUGACUAGUCAUGAGAGAUAUUCUGAGGAAGAAUCAAUUAUUUGCAAAGCUACUGUGGCGAGCCCUGUUCAUCAGUUGCCUGUAGGGGACACUUCAUAUUCCUUACCUCUUCUCCCCUUAGCUGAACAUGGACCUAAGAAAACACCUUAUGGGCACGAUAAUGUUAUACUUCUUAGUGAUGACGAAACUGAUGAACCUAAGAUGACAGAAAUAGAUAUCAAGAAAGAUAUUUCUCGAAGGCUUAUAGCUUCCUGUGAUAAACUAAACCCAUGUAAUUAUAGAGAAGAUCCAGACAGGACUAUCCCUGUCACUGAUGCUGCUUUAAAGGCUGAGAAUGACGUGCCUCAAGAAAGUAUGAGUUCUCAUUCAACUUAUCAUUUGCAUGUGAAACAGGAACAUGAUAUAAUUCAGGGAGCAGUUUUAGAUUCUACUCCAGUAGAUUUUUCCUGCAAAAUAGGUCAUGGUAGUGCAGAAUCAGUCAGACAAAUUCAGGCCUCCUCAACAGGAGAGAGUAGAGAUCAUUGUCUGAAUUCUUCUGAGAGUUGUCCUCUGAACCCACAGCAUUCUGGGACUCUCAAACCUAAGAAUGAGGACAGCCAUGAGAAGAUUGGAGUAUGCAGUGCAGAUAAUGCUAGAGCUGUUAAUGGAAACCUGUCUUGCAGUCCAAACAAUUUGGGAAGAUACUAUCGGCAGAAAGGUCCUCGUAUCGCAAAGGUUGUCCGGCGUAUCAACUGCAAUGUCGAGCCUCUAGAAUUUGGAAUUGUUUUUUCUGGAAAGUCAUGGUGCAACAGUCGGACUAUAUUUCCAAAGGGAUUUAGAAGCCGUGUAAGAUACAUAAAUGUCUUAGAUCCAACAAGUAUGUGUUAUUAUAUUUCAGAAAUUCUUGAUGCUGGACGUGAUGGGCCUCUGUUUAUGGUGUCCUUGGAACAUCAUCCAAGUGAGGUCUUCAUUCAUCUUUCUGCCGGUAGAUGCUGGGAACUGGUAAGAGAGAGAGUAAAUCAGGAGAUCACAAAGCAACAUAAGUUGGGAAGAAAAGACCUCCCUCCUUUGCAGCCACGUGGAAGCAUUGAUGGCUUUGAAAUGUUUGGGUUUUCCUCGCCGGCAAUAGUGCAGGCUAUCGAGGCAUUGGAUCAAACUCGUGUCUCUGAGGAAUAUUGGGAUUCGCGGCCCUAUUCACGGCCUCUAGGGCAAAUUCAGCAAACUUCACAGCCAAAGGAAAAUGGUGGAAGUGUGGAUAGGUCAAAUUUUCAAGGGGACCACGGGAGUGAGGUCAUGCCUAUUGGAAUCGAUGCAGUAUUAAGGAGCCUGUUGAAAAAAGUCAAUGCCCAAGAGCUGAACUCAUUGUGCAGCAUUAUUUGUGACAAUAACAAUACUGCAGCUGGCGGCAGCCUAAUUGUUCGACUUCUCAAUGAAGAGAUCAGCAGUCGUGCCAGAUGAUUCAUCAUCUGCACAUGACUGCGCUUAAAAUUACUCCAUGUAAAUUCUUGUUUCUGCUUUCAGUCUGCACGUGGGAUCACCAUGCGACCUGUUCUUUCUCUUUUUUUUUUCUUUUUUUUUUUGGGACGCCCUGAUGGAGGAUAGAGGAGGAAAAAAGAAUUUUAAAGCAGCCGACGAAAAAGACCAAGGAGAUAGUGAAAAAAACAGAAAAUACGUUUUAACCUUUGGAUUUUAUUUUAUUUUUAAAGAAAGGCAGCUGGGUGGGGUGAAUAUCACUGUGGACACCUCUGGUAUAAUAUCUAUAUACGAAGAUCUGAGAGGAGUGCUGUUCUUGUAGUUUUCUAUUCCCUCUGUUGUGUAUUAUAGUGGGCAAAACGAUGUUAGGUUAGAGUUUAUUGGCAUUCAUUCAUGUCGGGAGAUGUUAACUGUGCUUUUGUUGUUAGCGUAACAUUAGUUUGUUCUCGAGGGAGAGAUUUUAUUUACAAGGUCUUACAUAGCAAAAGUGAGGAGCAAUAAAUAGCGUAGGAAGGGGCCCAUUUCUUUUUCUCAGAAGAAUGUAUAAUGUAUCAUACCACGGAGUACCCAGAUGUUUUCCCUGACCAUAAUCUUCGUCUCGUGCUCAGUGCCUGUAAUUUCCCCACCCGAUACUAUUUUGUUUCGUAGAAGUGAACUCCGUUGUGAACUGCUCUGGGAUGAAAUUUUGCGUAGAAAUGUACGCACAAAUGGUGGCACAAGCUUUGUCCACGCAAGUCAAACUGUGGAGCAGGGCAGUAAUUUUGAAAUUAUGAAAAUCGAUAGGUUUUUUGAAAGUGGUGCAGGGCAGUAACUUCCAAGAGGGAUGAUAAUAUUGGCGAGACAGGAAAUUGUAGAAGAAGAAAGAAAAAGUGGUCCCAGGGUGGUGAAUGAUGAUGGCCAGAAAUGGUAAAAGAGGAAAGGGCCAAAGAUGGAAAAAGCAAGGAGGGGCAGAAGCUGAAGGUGGUGGCGAGCGCUACCUUAAACUGGCAAUGGCAUCAACAGAGGCACAUCCAAACCCAAACGAAUGAGGAAGAUGCCGCUGCUGUUGCCGACAUUCAGUACAAAUCUGCACGUGAGACCACGUGUCGCCCUCCACUUCACCGUAGAUUGCGGGAUUUCUGUACGGUCUUCGGCUCUCGAGCCUUUUCCAUGCCCCUUCUCUCCCUCAGCAGCUUCUUCCUCUUUCUGCUUAUUUUUGGUUCGCUGCCCCAUCAUUUAUCGCCUUUUUGACUUCCAUCUAUCUCUCCACGCUAAAAACACUGUUUACAUAUAUUCUUAUGUUUUGCGCCUUUUUAUCCA